UGAGACACCACGAGGACUGUGCUCCCUAGGAGGCAGCCACCCCUCCCUCCCCAGCCACUGGAGCUUCCACCACCGACCUGUCUGGCGGGCAAGGCCAGGUCUGGGCAAGUUGGAGGGGGCGGGAGGCAGCACCUAGGUCCCCGCCCUGUUUCCAGCACCCAGGCCUCUUGAAGCCUUUGCCUGGGCUCCCACAGGCCCUGGGCAGGGACACGGGGGUCCUGGAGGGACCUCCACCCCCCACUCCAUCCAGAGAAGAAAGAAUCCCGUAGCUGGGGCUGUGCAGGCUGCAGGAGCAAUGUCGCCUGGUGGACUGUGAGGCGCCCACCAUGGCCCGGUCCCUGACUUGGGGCUGCUGUCCCUGGUGCCUGACGGAGGAGGAGAAGACUGCCGCCAGAAUCGACCAGGAGAUCAACAAGAUUUUGUUGGAACAGAAGAAACAAGAGCGCGGGGAAUUGAAACUCCUGCUGUUGGGGCCCGGUGAGAGCGGGAAAAGCACGUUCAUCAAGCAAAUGCGCAUCAUUCACGGCGCCGGCUACUCUGAGGAGGACCGCAGAGCCUUCCGGCUGCUCGUCUACCAGAACAUCUUCGUCUCCAUGCAGGCCAUGAUCGAAGCAAUGGACCGGCUGCAGAUCCCCUUCAGCAGGCCGGACAGCAAGCAGCACGCCAGCCUGGUGAUGACCCAGGACCCCUAUAAAGUGAGCUCGUUCGAGAAGCCAUAUGCAGUGGCCAUGCAGUACCUGUGGCGGGACGCGGGCAUUCGCGCAUGCUACGAGCGGAGGCGUGAAUUCCACCUGCUGGACUCCGCGGUGUACUACCUGUCACACCUGGAGCGCAUCGCCGAGGACGACUACAUCCCCACUGCGCAGGACGUGCUGCGCAGUCGCAUGCCCACCACUGGCAUCAAUGAGUACUGCUUUUCCGUGCAGAAAACCAAACUGCGCAUCGUGGAUGUUGGCGGCCAGAAGUCAGAACGUAAGAAAUGGAUCCACUGUUUCGAGAACGUGAUUGCCCUCAUCUACCUGGCGUCUCUGAGCGAGUAUGACCAGUGUCUGGAGGAGAACAGUCAGGAGAACCGCAUGAAGGAGAGUCUCGCUCUGUUUAGCACGAUCCUAGAGCUGCCCUGGUUCAAGAGCACCUCGGUCAUCCUCUUCCUCAACAAGACAGACAUCCUGGAGGAUAAAAUCCACACCUCCCACCUAGCCUCAUACUUCCCCAGCUUCCAGGGACCCCGGAGGGACGCAGAGGCCGCCAAGCGCUUCAUCUUGGACAUGUACGCGCGCGUGUACGCGAGCUGCGCAGAGCCCCACGACGGUGGCAGGAAGGGAUCCCGCGCGCGCCGCCUCUUCGCACACUUCACCUGUGCCACGGACACGCACAGCGUCCGCAGCGUGUUCAAGGACGUGCGGGACUCAGUGCUGGCCCGGUACCUGGACGAGAUCAACCUGUUGUGACACGGGGAACCCGAAGCGGUGGUGGCGAGGACACUGCGCCCCCUGGUGGCCACUCUCGGAACUGCAGGCCGAGGAAGUCAGUCCAGAGUCUGUUCCCCAAGGGGCCUCCAAGCCCAGCCCCUCUGUAAUUUAUCCCCUCACUCUCCUUCUAGCUGUUAGAGAAAGGACCUUUAACCCCAGCGCUUGGAGGCAGAGGCAGGAGGAUCUCUGUGAGUACCAGGAUCCUGGGCCAAAAACAAACAAACAAAACCGGAUAGAACUGUCCGGGGCUUGUGACUUCCCAGGGAUCCUAUCCAAGUCCUCCUGUGGGCCUCAUGCUGGGUAAGUGAAAUGUGCAAGGAAGGAAGUUCUACUUGCUGUCUACCCAUUGGUUGGACUGAGGUAGACUCCAAUUAAAGAUUGACUUUUGAUAUAUCGUA